GAGCCACAGCCUUGAUUCUGGUCGGAACAUGCAGCGUUUUCCUUGUCCUCAUCUGUUUCAUAAUGUUUGUCCAGAAAAUACGCAAGCAACGUAUCGACAGAAAGGUUUCACAGGAGGUUGAUGUCGUCAAACCGCCAGUAUCCUACGAUUCCACGGGCAUGCCACCACAUCCACACCCCCUUUCCCUUAUUCCUCCCGCCCUCCUACACGCCCUGACUCACCCUACAGGAAGCAAGGGGGACCUUUUUGAAGACCAUAUUCAGCCGUCCUUCUUAACCAUGGAACCUCCACAGUCACUCAACAGUCUUGGACGACUCUGGUUCUCUGUUUGCUAUGAUUACGUGCAGCAGACGCUAGUUCUGAACAUUCUCCAUGCAAGGUACUCGAAGGGGCGCGGCUCCACCACCAACCCCGGCGAGGUGUGGGUGGAGGCGUGUGUCCUGACACCCAUGAACGCCGUCAAGGCAUCUCACAAGACAGGCACUCGCAGAGCCAGCCUGGCGCCCGUGUUCAAUCAGAAGUUCAUUUUCAAGGUCGCGGACGAGGAAGUGACCCAGUUCCUCGUGCGCAUGACCCUGUAUGACCGCCACCCGCAGCAGGGCGAGAAGGCAGUGGGAUCCGUCAUCGUCCCGCUCAGCACCGUCGACCUCUGCUCCAACGAGACGGUCUCGAGGGAUCUGCAGUGAUUUCCCAAAGGAACUUAGGAUCUCGCCCGGUGCUUGGCUCGGCGCCUUCGCCUUUCCUGCGUCUCUGUGUACAUAGCUUCGAUGAAAACACCUGCGGGUGGACAUGUAAUACAUGGAUAUUUAUAAAGUUUAAAAGUACA